UCUCUCUCUCUCUUCUUCUUCGGAGCAACCAUGGUGGCCCCUAAGAAGACGAAGAAGUCCAAUGAGGGUGUGAACAACAAGCUCGCUCUCGUGAUGAAGGGUGGCAAGUAUACCCUCGGUUACAAAACCGUGUUGAAAUCUCUCAGGACUAAUAAAGCAAAGCUUGUUAUCAUUGCGGACAACUGCCCUCCUCUUUGGAGGUCUCUAAUGGAGUACCAUGCAAUGUUGGCGAAGGUCCGAGUCUAUCAUUUUAACGGGAAUAAUGUUGAAUUGGGGACAACCUGUGGCAAAUAUUUCAGAGUGUGUUGUCUCAGUAUUAUUGAUCCUGGCGAUUCGGAUAUCCUCGGUAUUGUGCCCUGAGAACAUUGAAGGAUAAUCUUUUCCUUUUCCAUAUUUAUCGUCCAAACUUAGGUAGAUUCACAAUUAUUUUUUAGUUUCUUUUUUACUCUGUUAGCAAUGUGAGUUUUGACUAGGUUUUGUUAGAAGGUAGUUUUUAAAGUGAUUUAGUUCUC